GCCGUGCUGUGUGUUCUCCUUCUAUCAGGUCAGUCCACACGUGUGUGCGUGUUUCAUUCCUCUGUUUGAGAUCUAAUGUGAGGUGGAUUCAUGUCGGCUCCUCCCGUGGGAACAUGGACGUGUAACACUUUAUAUGGAAAUCCUAGAUUUUCUGUCUUUACUCCAGAGUGGGGUCUUUCAGUUUGAGAGCAGGACUCGUUGAUUUCACGUUCAGAUUUUGAAACGCUCGCACUCAAACAGCCCCUGCGUGUGUUCUUAGAUCUUUUCAUCUUCCUGUGAUUCUUCUGUGCAACAAGGAGGAUCCCUCAGCCUCUGCUAUGAUACAUGUGUCUUUGCCGGCAGGACUGUGUUCGUGCCUCCAUCAUUAUGUUUACGUCGGGGAACUAAAGACGCGGUCGGAAGCGAGGGUCUUCUGCAGAGAGAAGCACGUUGACCUGGCCACUGUGGACAACAUGGAGGACAUGCAGCGUCUGAUCGCAGCCGCUCAUGGUUAUGAGGGAGACGUGUGGAUCGGCACGCACGACAAAUCCAAUCGGUGGUUCUGGUCUGCGAGAGGUCAUAGUAUCAAUAGACAGAACAAACAGCACUUUCAGAUGUGGGAACCAGGUCAACCAAAUGCCAGCAGAUCUCAUAAGCAUGUGUGUGUCUCCGUGACUGAUGGUUUGUGGAAAGAUCACCGGUGCAGCACCCAACUCCCUUUUGUCUGCUACAACAAGACAAACAUACAUGGCUUGCCGGACAUUUCCACAGAGAGAUAUUUCUAUAUAAGUGACGUGAAGAGCUGGCCCAAGGCUCGGGCGCACUGCAGGCUGCACCACACAGACCUGGCCAGUGUCAGGAAUGAAACUGAGAAUACGAUGAUCAAGCAGCUGGUACCGAGUGGCAGGCAGGCUCUGAUCGGCCUCCACAGACGCCCCUUCUCCUACUUGUCAGAUGGGACUUCCUCUUCAUUUGGAAACUGGAUAGAAGGACACCCGGCCUUGGGAACCGGGGACUGCGUGAUCAGCAGGAUCGGAGCCGGUAACCUUGGAAAGUGGAUGGAAAGACACUGUGAUGAGAAACAUCACUUCAUGUGCCACAGGAUGAAAGUGAAGCACUUGUUUAUUAUUAAGGUGAAAGCUCUGACAUCCACGAUCAGCCUGAACGACCCCGAAGUGACGGACGCCAUCUUGAAUCUGAUAAAGGCCGGGAUGAAAGAGAGAGGGAUGACGGAAGGAUUCAAAACUGCGUGGAUCAAAAAGGCCGAUGAAAAUAUCUUCCACAAAGAAGAAGAGAACUGAGACUUAAAAAAACUGACUGAACAUUUACACAACAUUCACGUAAACCCCACUUAUUCUAAACAUGAAAAAAGAACGACCCUGCUCAUGAAAUCAAUAUCAGAACCUUAUUUAAAUGGAGCGUGGACGAAUUGAAACCUUUUUUCCAUGAUCUCAAAACAGAUGUAAAACAGAUGCAAAGCUGUGUCUUCUUCUCUGAUGCAAAGUGUUGAACUGACACGUGUCUGUUGUCUGUUUCCAGCACGAACGCACAAAACCAUGAAGUAACACAUGAGAUCACACUAACAAAUGUUCUGCCUCCGCAACACAACAACGAGGCGUCUGUGCAAACGUCCAUUUGAACAUUUUAGCUUCAGACAAACAGCGAUAACUUAAUUUUACUUCAGCUUCUUUUAUAAAUCAUGCAUAUUUAGUUUAUUGAGUUGAUUUUUAAAAUGACUUUUUAUCAACACUUUUAUCAACUGAAGUUCUUCAUGAAAUGAGUGAAUUAUAUAUAAUUCCCUGUAAUGUUCUGACUGCUCCACUAGGUGGCGAUAGGCUACCCACAGACACACGUUAAUACACAGAAGAAAGAAGCAGCUGUUUUGUUCUGGUGACAUAAUCCAGGACAGAUCCUGGAUUAUGUCACCAGAACAAAACAAGCAAGUUGAACUAAUAAUUCACAAUAUCAUCAUCAGAACUAAAUACACACAUAUCAUCAGCACAACGUUACACAAAUAUAAAAGUAAUUUGGAUGAUAGAAAACACAAAGAAUCUAAUUUACUUUCUCACUUUCUGUUUUUAUCAUAUCAGGGUUAUUGUGGGUUAAACUUUCUCUUCCUGUUUAUUCCUCAUGUUAUUAUAUCAUUUCAUCGUUUAAGUCCGGACUGUUUAGUUUUUGUUUCCAAUCAAAUCAAUUAUGUUGUUACAGCCUGAGUGAUUUAUUAACGGGUGGACGGGGAAGUUGUCUUUGAUCGUAGCCGUACGGCGCAGAGUGCGUCACUGUCUGUAUCUUCUGUCAGAAAUAAAGUUGUGCGAGUGUAAUAUUAGUGAUUUGUGGUGUUGGAAUGAUCCGAAUAAUGAAUUAUUGAAUGGUAGAGUUCAGGUGAACCUCAAGUUGGAGCAGCGACUCGGAAAGUCUACAAAUUCUGCAUUUCUGUAAA